GGAAGCGGCACACCGAGCCGCGGGCCCUCGCGGCCACGAGGGGCGGCUCCGCUGAGAGCCCGCGGCCGCUGCCGCAGCGCCCGCCCGAGGCUCUGACCCCGCCCGGCCGCGCCGCUCCCGGCGGGGAGCGGGAGGGGAACGAGCGGCGCCCUGCCAUUGGCUGUCCCGCCGGGGCAGUCACUGAAGGGAGCUUUGAUUGGCCUGCGGCGGGGAAGCUGCUCGCUGAUUGGCUGCGCAAGCGGCGGGGGAUUCGUGCGGCGUGAGGGCCCUGUGGCGGCGCCGCGCUCCCUCCGUCCGGCUGUCCGCCCGUGUGUCCGGCUGUCCGCCCGCGUGUCCGGCUGUCCGCCCGCGUGUCCGACUGUCCGCCCGUGUGUCCGGCUGUCCGCCCGCGUGUCCGGCUGUCCGCCCGCGUGUCCGGCUGUCCGCCCGCGUGUCCGGCUGUCCGUCCGUGUGUCCGGCUGUCCGCCCGCGUGUCCGGCUGUCCGCCCGUGUGUCCGGCUGUCCGCCCGUCCGGCUGUCCGCCCCUCGCUCCCUCCGGCCGUUGCCGGGUCCGUAGGACACCCCUGGCUGCACCGUGACCCGCUCCCGGUGUUUCGCUCUCUCCUGGGCCUCAUCCGUGGAGCGGCUUCCUGUGAGCGGAGAGUGCGCAAUGGUUUGGAGCCCUUCAGUCACGGGUCGUCGUAAUCAUGAUUGAUUUCACCACUUUAAUCACAGAUAAUUAUGGGAUGUGCUGCUCACUGCUGUGCUGUGUCAGGAGAUGGACUGGGACCAGUUUGACUUGAACCCUAAAACAAUUGCUGCCCUGAAAAAAGCUGACAUAAAAUCAGUAAAAGAGAUUUUAAACUUGUCUGGAGCAGACUUGCAGAGAUUGAUGAAGCUCUCCAGUGCAGACAUCCAGUGCCUGCUGAAAACAGUCUCUCACACACUGAGGAGGAACAGCAUGCUCACAGCACUUCAGCUCUACCAAGAUAAAGAUCAUUUCACCUCCCAGCACCAGAAGCUGAGCCUGGGAUGUUCAGUGCUAGACAACUUGUUAAAAGGUGGCAUUCCUUUAGUGGGAAUCACGGAGCUUGCUGGGGAGAGUUCUGCUGGGAAGACUCAGAUUGGUUUACAGCUGUGCCUGUGUGUGCAGUAUCCUUACAAGUAUGGUGGAUUAGAGUCUGGAGCUGUCUACAUUUGUACAGAAGAUGUGUUCCCAAGCAAACGUUUGCAGCAGCUCAUAGAUCAACAGCAUAAGCUGCGUGCAGAUGUUCCAGCUGAAAUCAUACAGAAGAUCAGAUUUGGAAACAGUAUUUUUGUUGAGCAGGCAGCAGACCUGGACACGUUCCAGCAGUGCAUCACGAGGAGGCUGUCCCUGCUGCUGGCUCGGGGCAUGGUGCGCCUCGUGGUCAUCGACUCCAUGGCCGCCCUGUUCCGCGGCGACUUCGGCCCUGCCGAGUCUGCUCUCAAGGCUCGCUACCUGCAGACCUUUGGGGCACAGCUUCACAGCUUGAGCACGAGGUUCAGGACUCCCAUCGUGUGCAUUAACCAGGUGACGGAUGCAGUGAGUGAGUCGGAAGCUGCUCAGUGCAGUUGUAGGGUAGUGGGUAGCAGAGUCACUCCAGCACUUGGAAUAACCUGGUCCAAUCAGCUGCUGAUGAGACUGAUGGUCAGGCGGGUCUCACUGCCCGGACGCUCCCCUGCAGCGGCGUCGCACUGCGCUGGAAGCACGAGGACUUUAAGUGUUGUUUUUGCUCCUCAUCUCCCUCCAUCCUUUUGCUACUAUACAGUACAGCUGGAAGGGGUAAAAGGAAUAAAGUAACACUUUUGCACAGUAAAGUGUCCUGCUCCAAAAAUGUACCAGGACUCUGCUUCAGGAAGAAUUACUGGUGAAAUGCAAUUCUUCCUAGAUGAGAGAAAUUGAUGGUGAAGUAUAUGAACAAUAGUAUGGCUACAUUUAGCCUUGUCUGCAUUGUGAAAGAUGAUAUUUUUACACUUGGAUAUUCAGCUUUUCCUUGUCAGAUGAGUGUCCUGAAGGUUCUGAAGGAAAGGGAAGCUGUGGGCAGGGGGAGGUUGCACAGUAGAGUGGGAUGUAGUAAUCCCCGUGGUGGGGGAGACCUGAUGUCUAAUUUUCUUUUAACAGCAUGCUCAUCUAGAAAUGGCAUUUACUGUAGUUUUGUACCCUCUCUGUUUCCAGACCCAACAAUACUUGAAAUUCAGGCAGUUUAUGUUGCCUGCUGGUGGUUCUGGGUCUCAUGCUGCCAAUGAAGGAUAGCCAUUCCUUGUCACAAAGCAGCUAUCCUAUUUUAAAACCAUUUCUAUUAAGAUUUUAAAGAAAACAAUCCAAUAAAGGUACUUUAUUUUACCAUCUUA